CAGGUGACCACGGUGUCCUACGAUACCACCGUCAAACUGUGGGAUAUCGGAGAGGGCAGGACCAUCUCCACACUCACCAACCACAAGAAGAGUGUGCGCGGCAUCUGCCAACACCCGUCAGAGUUCAACUUUGCCACUGGAAGUGCGGAUAACAUCAAGAAAUGGAACUAUCCCAAUGGGGAAUUCCAAAUGAAUAUGGACAGACACGCCGCCGUCGUCAACAGCAUGGCCGUUAACCAGGACGGAGUCAUGGUCUCCGGAGCCGACAACGGUACGCUACAGUUCUAUGACUGGACCACAGGUUACUGCUUCCAGAAGUAUAGGGCUCCCCCACAGCCCGGGUCGCUCGCCAGUGAAAACGGUGUCUAUGCACUCAGCUUUGAUAAGACGGGAAGCCGCUUAAUCAGUUGCGAGGCCGAUAAAAGUGUAAAGUUCUAUAAAGAGGACGACUCUGCGACGGAAGAAUCGCAUCCGGUGCAGUGGAAUCCGACACUGCGGCGCUCGCGUUUCUGAUCCACCGAAUAUCAAUAAAGUAUAGGGCGUACGAGUAUAUGUAUUCUGUACUUGAUAUGGUAUUAAAUUAAGAUUUGAG